ACUCUUCGGGAAACGGUUUUUGAUUUUUGUUCGAAGUAGUCGUAAUGACAGCUGUCACAACCCAAGAAUCACAACAAAACAAAUCCUCGAUUCAUCACUCCCGGCGUGGAACGUGGAUUUGAUCAGCACCAGAACCGACCCAGGAAAAGAACAUCAUGGUAAAGGAAAUCCCUGAUCGACUGCUGGCAGGCCCGAAACCGGGAGUCGUCUACCCACUGACCGUUGUGUGUUGCGGCAACUGUUCGAUGCCCCUGGAGUAUUGCGAAUACUAUCCCGAUUACGAAAAGUGCAAGCAGUGGCUCGAGAAGAAUCUGCCGAUCGAGUUUGAGCGGCUGAAGGUGGGAAAUGCGCCAUCCAGUGGUGAUGGCGGCACUGCGGCGACUGCUUCCGGUGGUGGUGGCGGUGGAGAAUCCACGGCCGCCGCCGAUACGGAAGAUGAAAAGAAACGCCAGAAACGCGGUGGUAAGGGGAUGAUGAAAACGAAGAAACCCAAAGCUGAAGGACCCCGCUCGAUAUCACUAUCACGAUCGGCCCGAGGCAAAAAGAAAUCCGUCACGGUAGUAGUCGGUCUCGGUACGUUCGAUAUCGAUCUGAAGCUCGCGGCCAAAUUUUUCGGUACAAAGUUUGCCUGCGGUUCAUCGGUUACUGGUGAUGAUGAGAUCGUCAUACAGGGUGACGUGAAGGACGAGCUAUUUGACAUUAUCCCGGAAAAGUGGCCCGAAAUCGACGAAGAUUGUAUCGAUGAUCUUGGCGAUCAAAAGCGCUAGGAUAGACGCGUGGUGGUGGAGUACUACGAAGGUUCAAAAUGUGUUCAGAAUGCUGUAACAACAUCUAUUUAACAUCGAGGGAACAUCGUGUAGGAGGACUUUCAAAUAAUAAGUUUAUUGAUUUGAUUGAGCAUUGCGAAAUAUGUUAAAAAUACAUCAUCAUUCUAUUCAACAUGCUGAAAAGAAAUCUGCUGCGUGGUUUUUAAUCUGUAUUUUAAAAUAUAAACUUUCGUCACAA